GAGAGACACGUGAUCAGCAGCCUCUGCAGCUGCGCGUGCACAGAUCUAUGCGCACUGGGAGAGACAUGGAGGAUGCGUUGGGAGCUCCAUGAGCAUGUUGAGUAUCAGUGGUGUGCGUCAGAACGACAGAUCUGUCUCUAUGGCUGAAAUGCUUUCUUUGACGUCGUGAUCAGCCCCAGAGGCCGUGCAUCCUCCCGACCACCCCAAACCCACUGCAUCAUGGGGGAGGUAGUCCAGAUGCACUUCAGCCCGGUGGACUACGUCAUCUUUGCCUUGCUUCUGGUGGCCUCGACCGGCAUUGGCCUCUUCCACGCCUUCUCUGGGGGUCGCCAGCGCACAACACAGGAGUUCCUGAUGGCUGACCGCUCUAUGAGCUGCCUGCCUGUGUCUCUGUCCCUUCUGGCCACCUUCCAGUCGGCCGUGGCCAUCCUGGGAGCCCCGUCGGAGGUCUACACCUUUGGGACUCAGUACUGGUUCCUGGGCUGCUCCUACUUCCUGGGCCUGCUCAUCCCAGCUCAUGUGUUCAUCCCAGUCUUCUACAGACUGCGGCUGUCUAGUGCCUAUGAGUAUCUGGAGCUGCGCUUUAACAAGACGGUUCGCAUAUGUGGGACUGUGACCUUCAUCUUUCAGAUGGUGAUUUAUAUGGGUGUCCUCUAUGCCCCAGCCUUGGCUCUUAACGCAGUGACAGGCUUUGACCUGUGGGGGGCGGUGCUGGCCAUGGGGCUGGUGUGCACAGUCUACACUGCUCUGGGCGGUCUGAAGGCGGUGAUCUGGACAGAUGUGUUCCAGACGGUGGUAAUGUUUGCGGGCCAGCUGGCGGUCAUCGUGGUGGGGGCCAGUCAGGCGGGGGGCAUGGCAGAGGUGUGGAGGAAAGCAGUCAAUGGAAGCCGCAUCUCGGGAUUGGACCUGGACCCUGACCCUCUGCAGCGCCACACCUUCUGGACACUGGGGGUGGGGGGAGUCUUCCUGAUGCUGGCUCUGUAUGGGGUCAACCAGGCCCAGGUCCAGAGAUACCUUAGCUCUCGCACGGAGAGAGAGGCCGUCAUGUCGUGCUACGUAGUUUUCCCGUGCCAGCAGAUUGUGCUGUGUUUAGGCUGUCUGAUGGGGCUGGUCAUGUUCGCUCGCUACGGAGAGAACAGCCCUCUGGACAAGGGCUUCGUCAAAACCAAUGACCAGAUGGUGCUGUACUUUGUGAUGGACGUGUUCAAGGAACUGCCUGGGCUGGCUGGACUGUUUGUGGCUUGUCUGUUCAGCGGCGCUCUCAGCACCAUCUCAUCAGCCUUUAACUCCCUAGCAACAGUAACCAUGGAGGAUCUGAUCAAACCUCAGUUUCCAAACAUGACUGAAGCUAAAGCGACGCUGCUGUCCAAGGGACUAGCGCUGGUCUACGGUCUGGUGUGUCUGGCCAUGGCCUACCUGGCCUCUAUAAUGGGCUCUGUGCUGCAGGCAGCCUUCAGCAUCUUUGGGAUGGUGGGGGGUCCUCUGCUGGGCCUCUUCUGUCUGGGAAUGUUCUUUCCCUGGGCAAACCCCACGGGUGCCGUGGUCGGGUUGGUAGCCGGCCUUGCCAUGGCCUUCUGGAUCGGCAUUGGCAGCUUUGUGAUGCGUAUGUCUGGUUCCGUGGGGCCAGAAGUCAACACCACCGCUCUCCCCCUGUUUGACAACAUGACCAUGCUGGUCAUCGCCACCACAACCACGCCCAGGCCGACGGGUGUGGAGGCGCUCUACUCGCUGUCCUAUAUGUGGUACAGUGCUCACAACUCUACAACGGUGGUGGUGGUGGGGCUGCUGGUCAGCCUGCUGACAGGGCCAAUGAAAGAGAAGGAUGUGACCCCGGGCACAGUGUUUCCUGUGCUGGGCUGGCUGCUUUUCUUCCUGCCGGAGCGCUACAGGGAGAAGCUGUGCUGCGUCACUCCUCUGUCCACUCCUCCCAAGCUCAAAGAAAGCCACGCACAGCUGUAUGAGAUGGCCAAGAAAGACGGCAACGGAGCAGCUUUCUGCAAAGAGGACACCGUCACCGAGGACAAAGAGACAGAGAGCGACAGAGCACAGACGGAAGACGAAGACUUGGAAACAAGGAUGGAUCUGCCCUCGUGUCAGCUGGCAGGUCACACGCUUCAGGAGACGGCCUUGUGAUGCCUUCUCCUCCUACUGAUCACACAAACCCUCUGCAGUCCUGACAGCACAGACGGCUCAUAGGUGGGACAUCAAGCAUAAUGUCCAUAGCAUCACCUUUUACAGUGUCCCAAUCAGCUAAAUCUGAUGAUAGAAAAGGGUCAACUCGUGCCAGGCUGGAACUGUGCAUUGACAGUAGCAGCAGUCAAAGAAGAUCUCCAAUCCAGAUGUGUGCAUGUGUGUGCGCAGCUCUUAUGCACAAUUUGAAAAAAUCAGGCAGUUGAUCCAGGAUGUAAAGUAUGUUAUUUCUGUAGAGAAGAUUGAGCCAUACAAUCCCACAAGAUGUUUAAGAGAAACUAACAUGAAAAGAAAA